AUGAAGGUGCCGAGUCGAGUACAGCUGAUGUUCUCCAGUUUUCUCUUGAAGAAGGACAAGUAUUAAAGAUAUCAGUCUUAAAUUAUAUUUGUGAUAGACAUGGUCUUACUAGCGGCGGCCGUGUGCACGAAGCAGGGCAAAGCUCUCCUGUCGCGUCAGUUUGUGGAGAUGACGAGGGCGAGAGUGGAGGGGCUCCUGGGAGCCUUCCCCAAGCUGAUAGGCUCGGGGAAGCAGCACACGUUUGUGGAGACGGAGAGUGUCCGCUACGUCUACCAGCCUCUGGAGAGACUGUACAUGUUGCUGGUGACCACUGAAGUACAAGCAUGGAGAUGAAAAAGUGUCCCUUGUAGGAGAGGUCGUUCUUAUCUCGGAGGGUCCCUUAUCAGAGAGAUGGGGAAGAAGAGUCCCAAACUCUAGGCGGAGAAGGAGUGGGCGAUAUUGGUCCGGAGCCCAGGGUUCUCCCCCCUGUCCCAUCGCCCUACCCGGAGGAGGUGGCAGGAGUGAAGGAGGCUCUGUACACGGCCUGGGUCCCGAGUCCCUGGACUCUGGGGCUCCUGUCUCGUCAGACACCAGUGGACCAGUCUCACCUCACCUGCCCCGGGCUGGUGGCAGACAUCAAUAUGCAUGAUCCAAUAGCAGAGUUGCUGGCAGCCCAUUUUCCCGCAGAGUCCCGCAAGACUCUGCCGUCAAUGGAGAGUGUUGCCAUGGACAUGGCCGGCCUCCGCAGGCUCGUGAUGUGGGGAGCGAGAUUGGCUCUCCUGGUGGUGAUGCAGCAGUUUAGGGAGGCCGAGGUCGAGAUGGAGGCAUUCGGCGAACUGGUGAACCCUGACCUCUUCUACCAGUACCACACCCACAACUACCCCGACAAGACCGGUAGCAUGGUGCCGUUCUCAAUGAGACUGCUCCACGCUCAGCUGCCAGGUCUGACGGGAAAACCAUCAGCUCUCCCUGGACAGACUGUGCCAGCUACAGCACACCUGUCCAGCAGGUUGUCAGUGUUUGGAGGGCAACAUGUAGCACAUUUUCACCUCAACCUCUGUGUGCAUUUUGUCAUAGUACAAAGAGUGGAAUGGGCAGUGAUCGGCUAAAUAGUGGUACUGUAGAGCCAACAUAC